AUGGGGGAGGGACUUAGUGCUAGCUUAACACAAUCAUUCCGAGGUGCCUACACGUCCAGACAUUCACUCAGGCAUUCUGGACAGAAACUGACAACAAGAACGCCACUGACAUCGAGACUCUGUGAGUGUCGCGGGACACUCUCCAGUAUAGCUCAAUGGAUCGCUGAGGUGCGCAAACCGUCACACCACGGUGAGGUCCAAUCUCCUACGGGAGGGAUCCAGUCUCUUCGUGACGGAUAUCAGGGAGGUGGCCGACCCUUCACUUGGGAGAGGGGUAUAAAGGAGAUUACGAAACGUUUGGGUGCUGUCGGUGCUACUCGCCUUCCAGGAUGGAGGCGUAUGAUCCCCACUGCACAUGGUUGGAGACACUACAAGCUAUGGUUGCCAGCCCAUAGCGCGGAUUUACUGACCGGAAUGUCCGUGGUUCGAAUCCAACAUCUGCCACUCGACUUCCCCUGUCUGGGCCUGGGCGACCUCGCAGUGUUCCCGGGUGGCAUCUCCAACAUGCUUCGCACACCGUUUCGCUUAGAGAAAUUCCGACAACUGAGCGCCUCAAUAAAUAGCUCAAGGAUACUGGCUAGACUUGUGUUCGAGGUUGACUGCCCUCAUCCUGCUACUCUCCGGCGAAAUGUUUACUUGGCCUAUCUUCCGUCAGCUGCGAUGUCCACCGGAUCCGAAUCACAAAGCACACAACUACCCCCUCGUAAACCCCGUCGCCUACUAAGAAAAUUCCUGUUGGCACUGGUCGGUUCGUCGGCUGUUGUUGUUGGACUGCUGUACACAAGCAAAUACUUCCGCGAUCUGGUGGUUAGCGAAUAUCCGCCUUCGAAACCAGUUUUAUCCCGAAUUGAAAGCCUUAUUGGUGGUUGGUACGACGAACAGCGGACGAAAACUGUACCAAAACCAAUCACUGGGGAUUCUGCUUUGCCGUUUCUCACAGAAAAGCCUGAUGAGCCCACCGACGACAUCCAUGACACUACUAUCGCCAAAGCGGCAGAAGAAUCACAUGUGGAACAGCUGAAAAACAUACCUGCACUUGAUGACUUUGUACAAAUGAACCAUGAGCGUGCCCAUGCUGUACCUGCAGAGAGAAUCACUACCGACAUCGCCAAAGGAAUCUCCGAUGCCACGUCUGCUGUCCAGGCAGCUAUUAUGAGUUUGGAAUCUCUCUCAAGUGCAACUCGCAAUCAUAUCGAUGGGUUACGAGAGGCAAUGAGAGCCAGUGAUGAUUCAGAGGAUGAGGGUUUUUUCCGGAAGAGCCGCUCAAAAGAGAAAAAGUGGGAGCAUGUGUCGCGGCUUGCAGCUCUGAAGGAUAAGGCGGAGGCCAGGGCAGGUGAAGCUGUUCAGGAGGCCAAACAACAUUUGAAUGCUUUGAAAGAAUCACUUCACCAACUGGAACAGUCGGAAAGCUUUCUUGACUCUGAUCUAUUCCCCCAAGGGAUAAAAUCGUAUGGGAAGCUGCGUUACGAUCUGGAUGGCUCAAUACUUGAGGUUCGGAAAUUGCAAAACGAACUUAGCAUGUUAAUGCGCUACAGGGAUCUGGCAUCAAAGACUCACGAAACGUUACUAAAGGAUUUGACCAGUAUCCACGACAAUACUGACUUGGAUAAGGCAUCAAAAGACGGCUCAUCCCUUAGUAUCGGUGAGUUGAACUCACUGAUUGUGGUUGCUCAUAAUCAAAUCGGUAAGCUGAAGGCAAUAUUGGCCGAAGUAGAGGAGAAGGAAAAAGCCCGCUUGGUUUCUGCUCUCGAAUCCCAACGACGGGAAUUGGAGCUACGGGAAGCCAUUGAACAGGAACUUCGCAAGGCCCGUGUCCAAUACAGCGACCACUUGUCACAAAUGCUGCGUUUGAAGCAAGACGAAAUGGAGCACCAGUUCACCUUCCGUCUGCGAGAGGCACUUACACAAGAGAAGGUUGCCUUCACAGCUGCCUUAUCAGGGUGGACUAAACGCAUGGAAGCCAUUGAAGAUGUGGUUGAUGGUCGCGCUGAACUAGAUCGCAUUGCGAAGGAAACUCAGGCAUUGUGGAUCGCGUGUGAGGCGCUUGCAAGCAAUCUUUCUUCUAGCGUCCCGACUGUUGGAACUGGCCUUAGUGGUUCGACUACGACAGGCCCCCUUUCUGACUAUGUAGAAGCGAUCAGAGAGGCCGCAUCUACCGGAAGCCAUCCGUUUGCCCUGGCUAUCCUUGAGCAAAUCCCCCAAGAGGUUUCGAAGCAAGGUUUAUGGAUCGAGCGUGGGCUGAAGGAACGUUUUGAAAAGGUAUACCGGGUAUGCAGACGCGUUGCUUUGGUUGACGAAACUAGCGGCUCCUUGUACACUUACAUGUUGUCUUGGCUGCAGUCCGUGCUCACACUGGACAUAUUCACAAAUAAAUACCUACGUACGUGGUUCAAAUCACCGUCCAUCCCGCAGUUGACCGGUGAGUCUGACCUGGCUGACGAUGUCAACCCUCCAGAACUGGACACAUUUUCUUUGCUUCGCAGUGCCAAGGCUGCUUUGACCACUGCGAAGGAACAGAACAUUGGUGACGAUGAGCAGAUUGGAGGCGACGACUCGGAUGAUGGAAUUGAACUAGCCGUGCGUCUUCUUGGUCAGCUUCGAGGUCAGGCUCGUGUUGUGGCUUCAGACUGGCUCGAAGAUGCUCGUCGCUAUUUGGAAACGAAACAGGCUGUACAUGCUCUGCUUGCCUAUGCGGCAGCCAGGGGUAUGUCAACGUAUGAGAAACGGCUGUGAAACAACCGAGCUAUAUUUGUUCAACUGCGUGUGUGUUCGGUACACAUAGCACUCAAUGACCUGCUUGCAGAUGCCGUAGUAUUAUUUGUGUUAGUUUAAGAAGUACAAUGAACUUGCCUGCUUUACCACUCUGUCGACGAGACUCGCAACAUGAGACCCAUCGCAACCAGUGUGGUUUCUUCUUUUCGGAAUUUCAGUGCUCGCGCAUCGUUUUCUAGAACUGCUUGACUUACUUGUCUCCGGUCAGAUAAACUGUACAGCUUUAGAGCGUGAACCUUCGUUGCGUCCCAAUUAGAAUGUUUUGAUUCCAU